AGUACGGCGGCCGCACGGGAUCAACGGAGCGGUUGGCGGAGCGGGAAGCGGUAGGUCGCGUCUGCAGCUCAAACACCCACCUGAGAGCGCGAGACGCCCGGCCCGAGCCGCCGCCAUGCAUGUUCAAGAGAGAUGGGCGCCAUGAGCGUGUCAUGUUUGACAAGAUCACGUCUCGGAUCCAGAAGCUCUGCUAUGGACUCAAUGCUGACUUCGUCGAUCCUGCACAGAUCACCAUGAAGGUGAUCCAGGGUCUGUACAGUGGUGUCACAACUGUGGAACUGGAUACACUGGCUGCUGAGACAGCUGCAACCCUCACUACCAAGCACCCUGACUAUGCCAUCCUAGCAGCAAGGAUUGCGGUCUCCAACUUGCACAAAGAAACCAAGAAAGUGUUCAGUGAUGUCAUGGAAGAUUUGUACAAUUAUGUAAACCCUCAUAAUGGCAGACACUCUCCAAUGAUUGCCAAGGAAACGCUCGACAUUGUCUUGGCUAACAAAGAUCGCCUGAACUCCGCCAUCAUCUACGAUAGAGACUUCUCCUACAACUACUUUGGCUUUAAGACUCUAGAGCGCUCCUAUCUGCUGAAAAUCAAUUCCAAAGUUGCUGAACGCCCCCAACACAUGCUGAUGAGGGUAUCGGUGGGAAUCCACAAAAAUGACAUUGAUGCUGCGAUAGAAACCUACAACCUCCUGUCUGAGAAGUGGUUUACCCAUGCAUCUCCCACACUCUUCAAUGCUGGCACUAACCGACCUCAGCUGUCCAGCUGUUUCCUGUUGUGUAUGAAGGAUGACAGCAUUGAGGGAAUCUACGACACUCUAAAGCACUGUGCGCUUAUCUCCAAGUCUGCCGGUGGAAUUGGUGUUGCUGUGAGCUGUAUCCGAGCCACUGGCAGCUACAUUGCUGGGACAAAUGGAAAUUCCAAUGGGCUUGUCCCAAUGCUGAGAGUCUACAACAACACCGCCCGCUAUGUGGAUCAAGGUGGUAAUAAGAGACCCGGGGCCUUUGCCAUCUAUCUGGAGCCAUGGCACUUGGACAUUUUUGAGUUUCUUGACCUGAAGAAGAACACUGGGAAGGAGGAGCAGCGAGCCAGGGACCUCUUCUUUGCCCUCUGGAUUCCCGAUCUUUUCAUGAAACGGGUAGAGACUAACCAGGACUGGUCCUUGAUGUGUCCAAAUGAGUGUCCUGGCCUAGAUGAAGUUUGGGGAGAGGAGUUUGAGAAACUGUAUGAGAGUUACGAGAAGCAAGGCCGUGUCCGCAAGGUGGUGAAGGCCCAGCAGCUCUGGUAUGCCAUCAUAGAGUCUCAGACCGAGACCGGGACUCCUUACAUGCUGUACAAGGACUCUUGUAAUAGGAAAAGCAACCAGCAGAACCUGGGAACCAUCAAGUGCAGCAACCUGUGCACAGAAGUAGUGGAGUACACCAGCAAAGAUGAGGUUGCGGUUUGUAACUUGGCCUCCAUAGCCUUGAACAUGUACGUCACAUCGGAGCACACUUAUGACUUCAACAAGCUGGCUGAGGUCACCAAAGUCAUAGUCCGAAACUUGAACAAAAUAAUUGACAUCAACUUCUACCCCGUGCCAGAGGCUGAGCUCUCCAACAAACGCCAUCGUCCUAUCGGCAUUGGAGUGCAAGGUCUGGCGGAUGCGUUCAUCCUGAUGAGAUACCCCUUUGAAAGCCCCGAGGCCCAGUUGUUGAACCAGCAGAUUUUCGAGACCAUUUAUUACGGUGCUUUGGAAUCCAGCUGUGAACUCGCCAAAGAGCAUGGCCCGUACGAAACUUACGAAGGCUGCCCGGUCAGCAAAGGCAUCCUACAGUAUGACAUGUGGAACGUCACCCCUACUGACCUGUGGGACUGGAAGGCUUUAAAGCAGAAGAUUGCCAAAUACGGUGUUAGAAACAGCCUGCUCCUUUCUCCAAUGCCAACUGCUUCUACUGCUCAGAUCUUGGGCAACAAUGAGUCCAUUGAACCCUACACCAGUAACAUCUACACACGCAGGGUCCUCUCAGGCGAGUUUCAGAUUGCAAAUCCGCACUUGUUGAAAGAUCUGACGGAGAGAGGCUUGUGGAACGAGGAGAUGAAAAACCAAAUCAUCGCCCACAGUGGCUCUGUGCAGAACAUCCCAGAGAUUCCAGAUGACUUGAAGCAGCUCUAUAAGACAGUCUGGGAAAUCUCCCAGAAGACCAUCCUCAAAAUGGCAGCUGACAGAGGCGCUUUCAUUGAUCAGAGCCAGUCCCUGAACAUCCAUAUUGCAGAGCCCAACUAUGGCAAACUCACCAGCAUGCACUUUUAUGGGUGGAAGCAGGGUCUGAAGACAGGCAUGUACUACCUGAGGACAAAACCAGCAGCCAAGCCCAUCCAGUUCACCCUGAACAAGGAGAAGCUCAAAGAGAGAGAGAAAGUGUCCAGGGAAGAGGAGGAGAAGGAGAGGAACAAAGCAGCCAUGAUCUGUUCGCUGGAGAACAGAGAUGACUGCCUGAUGUGUGGCUCCUAAUACACAUGCCCUUUGGUGCCAGCAUAGCUGCUCCCGUCUGGCUUAAUCUCUUCUAGAGUAGAUAGGUCUAGUUUUACUUCAGUACAGAGGGUCUUGCUGGGACAGUGAUGCGGGUUGGUCAGGGAGUAGUGUACAAUGCGUUCCCCAUCCCGGGGUUGGGGCGCGCGCGCGCGCACACACACACACACACACACACACACACACACACACACACACACACACACACACACACACACACACACACACACACAGUUUAUGUGUAUCCCUUUUGCAGCUGAGCUUCCUGGAAACUAAGUGCUUUUGUAUAGUCUUGCAUUAUCCACUGUAGAUAGAAUUUUCCUAAACGUGGACAGGAAAAAUGCUAAUGCCUGUUACCUUAAGGUGCCUGUGCCUGUGCACUUCAGACAGUGAGGAAAACCUCCUUGUGCUGUGCUCUGCAGUGGUCAGGGGUGUGUUGUGUUAGACUGAGGAGUUUUGCUCACACCUGCUCGAGCGACCCCUCACAAGAUGCUCCUGGUUCUCCCCAGGUGCUGGGGGACAGACUGGCUAUGCGUACAUGUCACAUGCACGCUUCUUCAUCAUCUGGCCAGAGGAGGGGCAGAGCAUUGCACCAAAGAGAGGUUCCCUUUUUUCCUGAUACCAGGAAACAGAAAAGCUGUUGCAGCACGCUUGUCUGUACCAAAAAAGCCUGGGUGCUGGUCAGCUUCUGAGUAACCAGCUUAAGUGUCCUGCUCUGAGAGAUUCCUGCUGAAUUGUGCACUCUGUCUCCUUUCAAGAGCCAAAUCCAUCUGGCUGGGCUAAUUUUGAUGGUUCUAAAAUAAAUGUUUUUACCUUUCUGUUCUUAACUUCCCUUACUAAGGCAGUAGGACUUCAGUGGCCUAGUGUUUGAAUAUUUAUUGAAUUUGCAUAUCAUGCUUAUUAACUCAACUCUUUAAACUAGCUGAAGACAGUAAUAAAGUCUGAACGUUGAGG